UACACGAUCGAUUAACUGUUCUUUAACCAACAUGGAGGCCACACACGUUCUGCUGCUGCUCCUUUCUUUGGCGACGCUUCUGGCGGUCCAAGUCUUGGGCUGCUCCCAGCCCUGCCAACCGUUUACCGGUCUAAAUUCCUGCCAAGACCCUGGCAUCACGGAGCCGAAACUGCCGCCCCGCGAUAAUGCCUGUUGCGGCCCACACUGUGUUUAUACGGCACCCAAUGCUGGAAGUCCUUGCGAGCCGGAAGCAAAGGACCGCUGUCUCUUUGACACCAGUUGUUCGAGCGGACAGCCCUUCAACUUCGUUACCAUGUCCGGCUGUGACCUGCAGGCGACGAACCAACUCAGAAUCGCGGACGGUUUUGCACCUUUGCUAUCUUUUCCCUAUACGGAGACCGUUUGCAACAACCACAACAAAAAAUGUGGCCUUAACUGCUGCUGCCGCGAGCUCUGUCCGACACAGUUUUGUAAAUUUUAA